AUGGCGGGGGCGGGGCGGGGGUGGAGCCGCUGUCGUGACGCGCAGGAGGGACGGGGAGGGCCCAGUGUCAGCCCCGAUACCGGCACCGCGGAGUGCCCGCCCCAGCACCGCUUCCCGCCCCAGUGCCAAAAACUGUUCAAAUUCCUGUCCAGUACCAACACCAGUACCAGGCCUAGUUCCAGCGUCAUUACCGCUGCCUGUGCCAGUGCCAGCACCAGUUCCAAUCCGAGCACCAGCCCCUGUUCCAGCACCGGUCCCAGUUCCAAAACUCGCCCAAGUACCUGUACCAGUACAAAUACCAGCCCCAGUGGCAAUACCAAUACCAGUACCUUUACCAGGCCCAGUCCCAGUUUCAGCAUCAGUCCCAAAACCAGUCGAAGUACCUUUACCAGUACUAAAACCAGGCUCAAUUUCAGUCCCAGUCCAAGCACAAGUACCAGUGCUAGUACCAGUAGCAAUCCCAGUUCCAAUCUCACCGCCAGUACCAGUAGCGGUAGCAAUCCCAGUUCCAGUUGUGGUACCAGCAGUUGUUCAGUAAGAGAAGCCACAGGGCUGAGCAUAGAUCACCCUUUGGUGCAAACAUUCUAGGAGGGGAGCUGCUGGGUGGAGAAGCUGGCAGUGACACCAGCUACAGCAUUCUGCUGUCAGGCAGUGGCCUGGUAACUUCCAAAACACAGUCAGUCUUCAUAUAUGUGUGCAGUCAUUGCAGCACAUCCUGCAGUGAAGGGUUUUCAUUAAGUAGCAUGCCAAGAACAACACAGGUGGAGUGAAAAUGAUUAAUUUCUCCAAUUCUGAGGGAGUGUCAAACAGGAUGUUUAUCCAGAUUCUGGCUGUGCUGACCUUGCCUCUGAAUACAGAGUUAGAAAAGGUUGUCUAUUUGAGUUAAAAAGUCAAGCAGCCCAUGGUGAAUCACUGGAGGUAUUUCACUGGCAUGAAUAUAAUGCUUCUGGAAUAAAGGAGUUUUCUGGAGGUAGAGCCAUCUUUUUCAACUAUGUUAUUUGUAUUGACAUUGUUGGAAAUCACAUGAAGUUUGUUGGGACAUAUCCUGCCUUGCUUUAUGGAUCUAUACAGAGGCUAGAAGCAAGGAAGAACUCUUUUACCACCUUUGCUGCUGAAUGUCGGUUGAACAUCUUUUUUUUUAAUGAAAAGAUGCUGACAAUGCUUUAAGUCUAAUGUGGUCCUCUUUGAGUAAUUUUU